AGACGCUAUACAGGACGUGCAACAUGCGAUUGUCCAAACUGUCACGAAGCGGACCGACUUGGACCAGCUGGUGAUCAUCUGAGAAAACGAAACGUCCAUAGCUGUCAUAUACCAGGUUGCGGAAAAGUGUACAACAAAACGUCACAUUUGAAAGCACAUUUACGCUGGCAUACGGGUGAGCGUCCGUUUGUCUGUAAUUGGUUGUUUUGUGGUAAGCGUUUUACGCGAUCCGAUGAGCUUCAACGCCAUUUAAGAACACACACUGGAGAAAAACGGUUUGCGUGUCCUGUUUGUAACAAACGGUUUAUGAGAAGUGAUCAUCUAGCGAAACAUGUAAAAACUCACAAC